AUGGAGCGGGAGAGGGAAAAGAAGGAAAGGCUGUACUGGGACCUCCAGCUGCAAAAUAUUGAAAAUGUCAACAUUCUCUAUGAGAUGGACAAGCCAAGUAUCAUGGAUCCUCAUUUGCUGGGGUGCCUGCACCAGAGCACCGACCCAAAUGCUUUCAAAAAGCCUCACACCUCAGGUACAGGAUCUUUACACUCGUCCUCAACAGGUGCUGACAGUUUACAGACGGAGAGACUGGUGGGGGGAAAUGAGCUGUAUGCGAGUGUGAGGGAUGUAAGGAGGCUUAAGAAAGCAGCCAGGCAGUGCUGGAUCAGAUUGGCGUCAGAAGGUGUGCGAACCAUACUACCCUCUUCCUGGCAGGGCCAAAGCCCAAGGGUCAAAGGUCAGGCCUGGGGCUGUGUCUCCCUGUCGGACGUCCUCCUCUUGGUGGAUGUGAAGUAUGAUGUCAUGACCCACAUGCUUUAUUCAGAAAUGCUUCAGGAGCAUCAUACUCAGAGCGUCUGGGAAACCAUGUUGCCAUGGCAACAACUCAAAGAAGAGGAGGGGCUGGAGGACUUCGCAGAGGAGGCUUUGGAGUCAGGUGACAUGCUCCGUUUGGCGGAGCUGCCAGGAGCAUUCAGGAUAUACAGGGCCUGUGUGGGUGCAUCUAUUGGAAGCUGCAGGGAGCAGUCCUGGUCUGCCGUUUCCUUCCUUUAUGAGUUACACACAUCUCGUCAACAAGAAAGGGACAAACUGACAGUCCUGGGAGAGCGGCUGGACGGGGAGAGCCUGAAACUGUUGUGUCUGCACAUCAGGCUGGCAACUCUCAGAGCUCAGAGAGAAAAACUGUCCUACAGGGCUCUCCUGGCUGCGAGGCAGUCCUGGGAGACAUGGCCACAUGUAAGCAGUCCACGGCGAGCAGAGCGGGCUUCCCUCUGGCUACGCGGUGGAGAGGAAGAGCAGAGCGAAGACUUGAUUUCAGCAUCGCCACAGCAGGCAGUGCUGCAGUUGCUGGUGCUGACUCAGGAGCAGGAGAGAAGGCACCUGGUGAAGUUGGUGCAUGGGGUCUCCCUGGAGGAUCUGCAAGGGCCAGGUUGCACAGUGCCUCCGAAAGAGGAUAGGCACACAGUGUUGAGGAAUGGCUGUAUAAAAAUGCUGAGCCAACUCCACGCCAGCCUGCAGAUACACAAUGAGUCUCAAACUCCCUUAGAGCAAACUAACUCUGAGCCACAACUCCGGCCGCAGCCUCAAAUACGGGCCCACGCGUACGGUAAACCGGCAGCGUGGUCUCAACAGCAGCUGGAAGAUUGUGCCCUGCUCCUCUUGUCUCGUUUGCUGGUGCUCCAGGAGGUUCAAGCUUCAGCUUUACUGCCAAUGCUGAAGGACACGAGUGCACAGCAUCUCCGGGUUCUGCGAGAUGAGUACGAAUCUGAACUUCAAACGCGGGGCAACACCAACCUGCUCCAACUCCUCAUCUCAGAAGCCCCUUUCACUUCAGGCUCUGUGCUCAUCCCAAAGAGCAGCAACGAGGAAAAGAAAGCCGAGACCCAGAACAUGGGUGCUGGGCCAAAUGAAGUCUUGGCUGUUGUUUCAGUCAGACGGGCGGACAGAGAGCUAAGUGAAGUCCAAGCUGCUGAUGUGACAAACAGACCACAGGAUGUCUGUACAGAUUGUGAAGCAGUCGUGGAGGAGAUGCCCUACUUGGAGAUUCUGUGUGUUUCAAAUGCCACAAGUCAAACUCAACGGAGUCUCGAUGCAGAAGCAGGAUCCCAGGAGGAGGAAGGAGGCAACGCAACAAAAAGCGCCCUGACUUAUAAGAAACAGGACUCGUUGAUCACGUUUGCUUGGAGCAAACCGCCAGAGGACGAUAAUGGCGGUGAAGCAGAGGCCGCAGAUGGAGGCACGGGACAGAGCCCGGACAGUGAGAGCAGUCUGAUGACUCAAGUCCAAGCCAGUGGUUCAAGCAGCACAACUGAAUUCACACAAUGCUCGGAGGAGACUUCUGGAGAAAGUCAUGAUGAGGAGAUGAAACCCACUUUGUUACAGUCGGGUUCCACAGGUCACCAUGACAUGGAGUCUGCAGAGAAGCAGUGCAGCACUGAAGGACAGCCUGUGCAGCCACAUCUGUCCGUUGACCCUCCGCACUCCGAUGACCCCUGCUCUGGGCUGAGCAGUGAGUCAGCAGGGGUUGAUGUAGAGGUACGUCCCACCGCAACGGGGUCAGAGUCGUGGGAACUAAAAGGGCCAGAACCCACUCACACUGAGGACCAGAAACAUAUUUCACAAACCACAUCCAACGGUGGCCUUCCGGAGGGGGAGGCAAUGAGGGAAUCCAAACUGAUGGACAGAGAACGAGUUAGAGAGCCAGUCUCAGCACUGGAGAGAGAGAAGACCAUUCGCAACCUAAUGGACAUGCAAAGGAAGGUCGAACAGAGGCAGCAGAGAGACAGAGAGAGACAACUUCUCAGGGUUCAGGAACGCCUGUCGAUCAUCCAGAGCAGAAAGGCGGAGGAAGACCUGCUUGGCCUGAAACACACAGACAGACUCAGGCACCUCACGCAAGAUCUACCACAGGAGGACAAGCAGCAGCAGAAGACGGUUGUCAGAGAGCGUCUGGAGCAGCUGAGGCGAGAGCGCUCUUACGUCUUGCAGUCCAAACGAGACAGGAAUACUGCAGGAUUUAAGGAACUCCUGGGUCCAGUUGCCCUUCACAAUACAGAAACAGAGGAUGGAACAGACUGAGAAACUACAGUUGCAGUUUCCAGCAAGAAAGGAACUUUUGUUACUUAUGUUCUCUUCAUUAUGGUCCUGAGUCCAAAAAACACGACAGAUUUAUGAUUCACUAAUGAUUUUAAAUAUUUUAAGCCACUUCAUGUGUUUUCAUUGUAAAGCAGUACACAAGGCAUCAGUGGUGCGUUUCAGUUUGUAGUCAUAAAAAGCAAACGAUCAGAGAAUGCACUUGUGAAAUAGGACAGAGCUCAACACACUUGUAGUGACUGUUUAUUAUACAGUUUAAUUAUCAUCUUUGACAAACAUAAGCAUCAACAGUAACGUCAUUUAUCAAUGACCCUCUUUAGUUGCGUACAUAUGAAUCCCCUGUGGCCUAGAUUACAGACACAAUGCGUCACAGAGGUGCAUGUUAACAGUCUACAGAGGUUCCAUAAACUCUCCUUCAUGUGAACAUAAUAUUUAUAUAUUGGUCUUGUUUGAGUAAGAAAUAAUGUGACGACAGGAAGGACACUGCUGUAGACUCUGAGUGCACCUAUGGACCGGGGCUGCAUUUAUUUACAGGUAAUGAGUGGUGGGAUGUUAGAGGACAUAUGUUUGGCUUACAACUCUACGAUGGGGAGAAAUGUAUAAUACAGAGGGUUUGUCGUGGGCCCGUUGGUUUUCCUGCAGGGGUGGAGGAUCUCUCUCAGUCCUGGUGAGUAGAGUGGGGAAAAAAAGACUGUCUACAUGAGAGACUCAACAAAUAAACAUUCAGUUUUUCCUCUUUUAUUGGCCCUAUAUAUUGUCCACCCACACCGCAGUCCAACACAAAGCAGGAGUAUCUAUCACCCUAAUAAAACCAGAACAUUCAGCAGCAGCUCCCACAAAACUGAGUCACUGCGUUAAACACAUACAAAGUACACGAGUGUGUCCUCAACUCAAAUGACAAGUAAAGUUAGCUUCAAGUUCUGUGGUCUCAAAUGCACAAACAUUCAAACCAACAAAGACACAAAACAAAGAAACCUUAAUUUUCCAAACUAAGAAAACAUGGCGCCUGGCUGACAGGUGCUAUACUCAAGGCUUUAAUAUUCUAGCAAGGUGACCGCUGGGGACUGAACAGAACCAACAAUCCCUUUCUCAAAGUAUGAGAGUUCACGUUGUGGGGGUGAGGAGGGUUAAAUGUGCGGUUCUCAGCGGGCUGUGCAGAGGACACGCUUUUAGGGCUGUAGUCAGGUCGGCUCUUGUGACAGCAGGACACUUUGAUAGCGGGGACACCGAAAUUUAAAUAGGUGGGGUGUCAAAUUUCUCUGUGGUGUCUGAACCCUGGAUCUACAUGUGCAAGAUCUUCAGCGAGAAGCAGCAUGCGCUUGUGUGCGAGAGACUAAACUACACCUUAUACAAGAUAGUCAACAUUAUUUGCAUUUUAUACACUAGACUGGUUAUUUCCCACAGUGAAAGGUAAAAGCCUGGGAUGAACACAGGGUGGUCCGAGUCAUAUUCAGUCUACGAACCUCUGAGAAUGAGUCGCCUCCUCUUGCCGGAGGCUUUGAUGAGCACUACUGUCCAUACACACAAACAUGGUCAUCACACGUCCAGCAUCUCUCUGACUUAUGGGCACCAUGGAACUGAGGAGGGUCGAUAUACGUGUUUGUUUGUGUCUGUGUUUGUGUGUGUCUGUGUUUAUCUCUUUUUCAUGGGAAUCAUGAAAGGAGAGAAAUGUGCAUGUGCGUCAAGUCUUGAAUGGUACUAGCAAUGAGACUCAAUGGAUGGUCAUGUAUUUAUGAUUUUUUUUUUAUAUAUGUGCAUGUCUUUAU